GUCGGCGACAUGUGCGCAUGUGCAGUAAUUCGCUAAAAUCUGAAUGGUCAUCGCUCUGAAAUUUCCUUCAGUAAUUUAUCGCGGUGGUUUUGUGCCUCGGUGGUUUUCGCGCAUCUUUAUUUUGUGUGCUGGGUGAAGCUUGUGUUUUCCAACAAAUCCCAAAUGAAUAAGCAUUUAUGGCGCUUAGAAUUCUUCAAUUCGGCGCUCUGUUUGCAGUAGGAUACACCUUCGACGCGAAUCCAUCAUUUGGAAGUGCAUUCAAAACGCCCGACAUUAAUUUAUCUUUGAACGUAACGAACCCGGACGAUGUAGUUGCACAGAAGGGUGGGACCGCUUUUUUCAAUUGCGAUGCUAAAUCCACUGCAGGAUCUUUGCAGAGGAGAUGGCAGCACGACAACAAGGUUAUACACGAAAAUGACCGUGGUUGGAAGGUUCUCCGAAACGGUACAUUAGAAGUUAUCGCGAGCCGGGACACAGUUGGAGAGUACCGAUGUGUGGUCAGGAAUGACGUCGGUGCUCUCGUAUCUGCCCCCGCCAGGCUGCGACUAGCAUCUAUGGAAAAGGAGUUCAGCAUGAGCCCGAACGAUACGUCAGUAACAGAACUACAACCUGCACUACUGCAUUGCAGUAUACACUCUACGCCACCCGCUGAUGUUCAGUGGGAGUACAGUGACUUACCUCUACCUCAUAAUAACAGAUAUGUUCCUUUGCCCAGUGGGUCUUUGUUAAUUUUAAAUUCCAAAAGCUCCGAUAGUGGCCGUUACAGAUGUAAAGCUGCAAAUAAAGUAUUAAGAAAAUCGAAAGCAAGCGCUGCCGCAACGUUGACUGUGACACCUCCGAUCGAUAUUCGGGAAGAAGCACCCUCGUUCCUAAGUCUAAAUGUACCGCCAAAUGUCACCAAGUUGGUGGGGGAUACCGUCACCUUGUACUGUGCUGCCACCGGGUGGCCGAUUCCUGAUGUCAGGUGGAUCAGUGACGAUGGAUCAACCUUAUCUACCUCUCCCCUGUUGCGAUUGGACGAUCUGCGAUUGGACCACGAAGGCUUGUACACAUGUCUGGCAACCAAUCGAAUAGGCAACUCGACGCUUACUUACCACCUUACAGUACUACAGAAACCAUUCUUUCAGGCGACACCUACCUCCAGAUUGUACCCCGUAGCUAUGCGGGUACGACUUGAAUGCAGUGCUGGAGGUAAACCUGAACCGAAGAUUCGGUGGUACAAGAACGGGGAACCGUUGGAGUACGAUAAGUGGAUGAAAAAGACACCUGAAGGUUGGCUAGUUUUUGGCACCACUUUCAGCAAAGAUUCUGGUAUUUACCAGUGUGUAGCGUCAAAUAGCGUUGGUAAAAUUUGGACGGCGGUACAGAUGGAGAUCAUCAACGUCUCUCAGAUACCUAGUCCACCGGAGAACUUGAUAUGUAGGCCUUACAAUGAAACCAGUAUUUGCCUGGAGUGGAAUGCGCCACGGAAUGUACCUGUUAAGGCUUAUACUGUUCACACUUUCUACAAAGACAAUGGUACAGAAGUAUCUUUACCUGAGUAUGUUACAAAUAUGACCUAUCAGCAAGCUGAGGGUUUAAACAGCAGUACAAAUUAUACCUUUUAUCUUCGUUCAUAUUCCAAAGCAGCCAGUGACACUGAAAGAGUUACCUGUAGAACUGGUGUUACGGGUAGUCGUAACCUAAAAAUAGAAUCUACAAAACCUAAUACAGUCACUUUGAAAUGGUCGGAAAUAAGCACCGACGUCGCAUGUGACGGUUACAGAGAUAUGUAUAACGUACAGUGGAGAAAAGAAGGACAUUCGUUCGUGAACACGAGAAGGACCCGUGAUCGGAUAUACGAGAUUUCCGAUCUGGUCCCGGGCGUAGACUACGAAUUCCGCAUUUUGUCCGGCAACCGUGACGACGACACUAUCCACUGGGUACCAUUCACCCUUCAAGACAACGCCACAGCAGAGGGGGGAUCGAAUAGUACCAUCCUGGACCCACCAAAGCACCUGGAUGGAGAAGCGGUGUCCACCAAUACCGUGAAGUUGUCUUGGGAAGUGACUGAUAAGGACAUCAAGAACUAUGUGGUGUGCUAUGUCCAGGUGAAGAGUGGGAAGGAGUGCGAGGAAGGGAAGACUGUCAACAGCAGUGACAACAAGAUCCAAAUCUCAAAGCUAAGACCCAACACCAAAUAUGAAUUCAGAGUUCGAGCUCACGACCAAAAGGGGAAUGCUGGACGUUUCUCCAAGCCUAUAGAAAUUCAAACUCAAUACGAUGUGCCUUCUGCUAUCCAAAACCUCAAAUACACUAUCUUAAACUCGUCGGCAGCAUGCAUACAUUGGCGUCCGCCGGCUCGUAAGAAUGGGGGCCGCCUUCUGAGUUACAUCGUUUCGUACACGCCUGAUCCCAAUUUACCAUUGGAACGGUGGAUUGAGUUCACCAUAGCGGUAUCCAAAGCGAAACAGUGCUGGUUUGAAGAUACAGAUGCUGUGUCGAUCGUGUUAGCUAAUUUGACAGUGGAUACCGGGUACACGUUAUUUGUCCGAGCAGUUUCUGAAUUAGGCGUGGGUCAGCCGAUACAUCCUAUAACAUUAUCGCUAGCAUCAAAGCCGCAGCUCGAGGUAGAAGUGCCCAAGAAAGAGGAGCAGUCGAAUGAGCACUAUCACAAGACUGUUGGGAUAGUUUUGGGCACACUUACUUCGUUGCUGUGUGUAAUUGUUUUCAUCAUAUGCAUCUUAGCACGGAGAAGGUGCCUGAAACGUGCCGUGAACCACCAACAACCGAACGUAUCGGCUGCCGCUUCCCGCCUGAUCGCCCCCACUUCUUCAGAAAGUCCUACCGUAGCACGGUACACAUCCAAUCGCGGCGUCCGGUUCGACGCGACCACGCCCAAAGAGGUGGAGCUACUGGUGGGCGGGGAAAAUGGUGAUGAAGGAGACGGAACUGGCGAUAGUGGAGGUGCGGCGGGUGAAGAGGCAGGCAAGACCAAGACUCAGCACUUCUCGAACGGUCAUGCCGAUAGUCUGAAUAAGCCAAUAGCAAAUGGACAUGUACCCAGUAAUCAUAUUCACAUAACGGAAAAUCCUCAGUACUGUGACGUGGAAUCAAACGGCCGACCCCUCAUCCCUCAAAUCGACUCGGCCACAGUGCCGUGUCGCUUCGAAGAAGACUCCAAUUCGAACGUGAAACCCUCCAAACUCUACGACUUCUAUCGCUUCUUCGACAACAACCGCGGCGGUAAGAAGCUCCGCCCUGGCGCCGACUCGUACACGAGCCCACACGAGUCGUACACGAGCCAGCACGGCUCGUCGCCAAACGUGACUCAAAUCACGUGUUUGGACGAGACACUGGACGCGAGCGGAGUGAACAAUAACAGGAGGAUGCCGCUGCUAGAGCCGAAUGGGUAACGUGGGUAGUUAUGGCACUGUAGGAAGUGGGUAGGCUCUAGCCUCGGAUCUGUCUGGUAGCGAGAGAGCUGUUGUCAAUUGACACAUGCUUAAUGUAUCAUUUGAAAGUUGUCACGCGAUUUUUAAGCUGAUACUUCUCCAUGCUUGUCUGUCAUUUCAAGAGGCUCACGUCGAUCCCAUAGAAAAUAUGAAUACGAUAUGGUUGCAAAGGGCUCGCCAGGCUUUUGCUUCUCAUUGUAUCUCUGACCUUUAUAACAGCUUCUUAAAAAUAUGAAGAAUGUGGUACAUUCUUACUAGAAUACUGUUUGAAUUUCCAUAGCACGGAUAUUAAUCGUAAAACUACUAUUUGAAUCCGUUGCAUACAGGGUGCUACAGAAUGUAGAGAAAAUUCGAGGGCAGGUUCUCUCCGUAAACAAGUGAAAACAAUUCAUAUACACAUGGGUGUAGAAAUUUCCCGUUUCCAAGAUUUAAAUUCUUCCGUCUUUGAAAAAUCGUACGCCACUGGUCUUUGCAGAAAUAAGUGAUAUUUUUUGAAGCAUGUUGAUUUGGCUGGAAGAGUCUUUGAAGCUUUUUGUUAUGUCGGUCAAGUGCCAACUCAAUUACUAUUUUUCAUAAUGAUAACAUACUGUAAUAAUUUAUUUGUUCUUUUGAAAAUGGUUUAUCUGAACCAUCAAUUACGAGAGACAGUGUUUAAGUAGAAUUAAUCUGAUUUUAGGUCUCUGAUACAAUUUUUUUUUACGAACCAGUGGCGUACCGUUUUUUACUUUCCACGCGUACGGGCGAGGAAGUAUCGCGAAAAAUUUCUAAAAUGAGAUUGUAUGCGUUUUCCUUUCGGUCUGUACGCUAAUCCUCGGCUCGCCUACAAAUUGAAAAAUACCGCUUGGAUUUGGCUGAAAUUUUCACAUUAGGUUACUAAUAUGCCGAGGACCUUGUAGUUUUUGAAAAUCGGUGGUAGAGACUUUGAAAAAUGCCAACAACGAAGAAAAAAACACGCAUGCUCAAAGUUCAUUUUUUGACGUUUCAGAGGUUCUUGAUCAUUUUUGAAAAAAAUUUUAGGUAUAAAAAGUUGGUAGGUAAGGAGGUGGAGAAGCAUAGACAAGCAGAGUUACUAUAUGUGUUCAAAUCAAAAUCGACUUAAUUUUAUAGACAUCCAGAAAAGCAUACAAAAAUAUUGCUGACGCGAUCACCAUGUAGACCCCCAUCCCCAUGUCAUCAAAAAUACGCAAAGCGACGACUCCCGACCCCCUCUAGUGCUUACGUAAUAGUUGAAUGGUAUGUUCUUGAAAAGUGUCCAAUAUUUCAUAAGACGAUUGUUUGGGUCUUAGGUGUUUUCAAGGUUAUUGUUAACAUAGGCCAGGAAGUUUUCCGUUUUCGAGAUACAGUUUCUAGUUUUUGAAAUCGAAAAAAAUACUUUCGUAUUGGAUUCGAGAAUUGAUUUAAAGUGUUGUUACUAUAAUACUAAAACAGCACAACCGAUGCAUACAAAAAAUGUCAUAGCUGAGACAUCAGUGGCAUAGAAAUGGAGCAAUUUGGACCACUACAAAAGAAAAAAUAAAACUAUCUACGCCACUGAUUUGUUUACGUCUGUUAUCACCGAUAAACCUAAAACAGAAAUAGAUUGGCCCAAGAAAUUAUAAUUACAUCUUUAUGAAUGAAAGAUAUUCUCAAAUCAAGCUACAUUUAUUUAGAAUUCCUCUUUAUUGUACAACAUUUCGGUCCCAACAGUGACCUUUAAGUAGUAUUGACACUUUUGUAACUUUCAUUUUCACAUUUCUAGUGUGUUACUGCAGUAGUCUGAAAGGUCCUGUUUAAUCUCGAAAACGAAAAUUUUUAUUUCUAUAAACUUUUUUUCUAAAAAAGCGCCUAAGGAAUAUCAACCUGAGAAGUAUUGGACAACUGUUGAGAACUAUCCUGUAUAGCAAUAUCCAAAAAUACAACCAAUCUUAUAACAAUAAGAAAUUACCUUAUAUUUAAAAGAGUUCCGCGCUCUUUUGACGAGUAUAUUGGAUUCCAUUUUAACUGAAGGUACUGGGUCAUCUUGAACGGAUUCUUGUAGAUUAGGUACAGAUUUGAUCUUUACCAAUAAAAAUGUAUUACAAAAAUUGAUUUUGUAUACAUUGACGUUAGUCUGCCGUGUUGUGUGGCACACACCCUGGAAAAGAGCGAAUAUACAGGGUGCCUGAAUAGUACCUGAACAGAUAUUUAACAGUAACUUAUUCCCCUUCUACUGUUUACCUGACACUAAUGUUUGAUGUGUCCUUGACUAUUACGAUAAAGACCAAAUCAGUGUUAUUUUUUAAUCCAUAGAUUAACAUCUUCUACCUGAAGAUAGCUACUAAUACCACGAGUAUGUUCGCGCGUCCGAAAACAUAUCCCCGAAAUGAAAGGACAUACCAUAGCGUCGUCUAUGAGAAGUUAUCACAGCUGUCUUUCUCCUCUGCCUUGUAGAUGGCGCUGUAGCUAUAUGCUCAUAUACAGCUGGCUGCAGCGCCAUCUAUGAGAUACCAACCUUUUCAAAGGAGAUAGGCAGCUGUGAUAAAUUCUCAUGUUUGGCGCUGUUGUAUCUCAUUUCACCCCGGAAAAUGUUUUGGACGCGCGAAAAUAGAUUAGAUUGACUUCAGGUAGAGAAUACGUUAAUUAGCUCAAUUACAGGGACAAAUAGAAAGAAACUUUCCAAGCCGUGUUUGACAAAAAACAGAUAGGGAAGAUAUACUCAUAAUAGCAGGUAUUUCGUUAAUAGAUGGAUCAAGAGAAGGUCGAGCUUACUCACUUUUUUGGUGCCUUAGGAUAACAGGAUAUCGGCCUAGUUGUAUUCGAUUUGUUCUUGGUAUUAGGCUAAUGGUGGGAUUUUAUAUUUUUUAGUCAAAAAUAAUCUGUUGAAAAAUUUGAAACUCGACCACUUCAGUCAUAGUAAAAUAUACCGUUUAUUUUGUCAUGAGAAUUGUUUUUCAUACUUUCCAUUAUUUUCAUGCUUAUCCCACUAAACAACUCUAUUGUAAUCAUUAUAAUAUUAAUGGAACAAUGACAAAUUAGGUAGACCCCUUAUACACACGCGAUAAAAGUAUUAGAUUUUGAAUAGUUUUAAAAUCGAUGUUAGAAGCUUUAAGGAAGAAAAUGUCCAUGCUUUAUAGAUAUCCCAGUGAAAAAGUGUGACGAAUCUUAUACAAAUUCGUCACCUAAGUGAAUUAAUCAUGCAAAAUUAUAACCAAGUAUUGAUUGAAAAGACAUUGACACUUUUAGUCAGGCAUGACGGACAACUCUUGGGAUAAAAUGUUGCAUAUGUCAAGUAUCAUCAGCAUUUAAGUAUUCAUUUUUUUUCGUGCAACUAUAUGACACUUAACAUAAUGUAACAUCUCAUUUUAAGAGUUGGUAGCCAUUUUUCACACAUAAUUUUUUCUCCUUGCAUGCAGCAUACGAUUCAAUAUACUUGCAAGCUUUAAUUUCUAGUAUAACCGUCUCGCAUUUUUGUAAUAUAUUUUUCUUUGCCUUACAUACGUAAAAAAUGUACUUACACCACUUAAGGUUUGAGCUUUAAACAGUAGCGCUGAAAAGUAUUAAUAUAAUUUACAGUGUUUGCUAAUAAUUUUCAGUAUUUUUGUUGUUUAGUGGGAUUGAAUCACUUGUCACUGUAUGAUCGGUUAUUUGCGAUAUUAUGUUUUCAAUAUAAUCUCCAAUGUUUCAAAGUUUUUUGUUAUUCCACAAAAUGAAAAGAUACAUAUUAUAUAUACUGAAAGUGUUUCAACUAUUUACAACAAGCAGUAACUUAAAACAUACUCUAUGGUGUCCAAUUGUAAUGGAUUAUUCAUUUUCCAAAAGUAUUAACACUUGACUAUGUCGAGGCAUCUUUAUUAUCAAACAAAACAGCAUUCAUGACAAUCCUUUAGGAGACAAUAUUUUUUUAAAUCCUGGUUAUCACUGCAGGUAACGUGUUCAUUUUGGAAUUCCAAUUUCCGAUAUCGCGUCCGUGGAUUUUGAGCGGUAUUCGCCAAAUUGCGAAUGCUAGGACGCGUUAUCGAAAAUUAGAAUUCCAGAAUAAACAUUGACCACGGUAACACGCGACAUUUCAAAACCUGAGUGUCAAUAGUGCUUCUGUACUUUAAUAAUAAAGAUGACUCAAAAAUUUUGAGGUCAUUAAUAAGUGUAUCAUCUGCUACAUUGCAAAAAAUACGUAACCAGCUGUAUCUCUAAAUACUGCCAUUUUUACCAGUAUCUCGCAGCGAAUCUACCUCGUUUAUUAAGUAUUCUUAUUUUUGCUAUGAUCAUACGUAUACUGCCCUCAUAUUUUUGUGGAGUAUCAAAAAACUUAUGAAAACCACAAUAAAAUGGAACUUAUGAUUUUAUUGUUUAAUCCAUUGGUAGCAAUAUUUUGGAAAACUCGAAACAGCAUCGAAUUGUGCAGUUUAUUUUUUAUUGGUGAAAAUAUUGCUCAUUGAAUGAUUUGAUUGUUUAACACUCCAGGAGUACGUUUGUGAAGUUUUUGUUUGUAAAUGUUUUUUGAAUCAACAGGAGCUUUUAUGAAAAGACUUGAUAUAGUAUAAACAUGAGAUAACGUCUGAAUAUCUUUGGAAACUGAUCAAAACCAAGGAUCUAGUAGGCAAUCUUUUCCGAUUUGUCCCACUAGAAAUUUGUUUUAGACAUCUCCAAAAAUCGAAAAACAUCAGGAAAAUAUUAAAAACGCAAUUUGAUGAUAUUACCUACCCAUCUAAAAUAUAAUUUUAUGAAUAUUAUGUUUAAAUUUUCCAAUAUUUUUUAGUUUAAUUUAAUAUUGGAGUAAUCUUAGUUGUUGGUUCAAAAAACGUUACCUUACACCGUGUUUACCUGGAUUAGAAACUAUAUACACCAACUUAGUUAAUAUAAAUGUACAAAAUUACGAAUUUAUAUGAACAUAUUUUACGUUUAUAUUAUAAUUUUUUCGAAUCCUUGAUUUAUGAUGGAAUCUCAGAAAUGUCAAAAGUGGUAGCUCUGACUCGAUUUUAGUAACUCAAGAAAUGCAAAACCAUGACUAUAAAUCUGUGAACCUUUGUUCAAAUUCAUAUGCUAUAAGUUGGUGUAAGAUAUAUAAAGAAUAUUUCACUUUACUUCUAGUUAAAGUACAGGUACCUGAGUAAAUUUAACAUAUACUUAGCUUUAAGGUGAAAAUAUUGUACAGUAUACAGAUUUUUGUCAUAUACAGAAUACUCGGAAACGAUUUAAGUCGAAUUGAGAAUUAAUUCGCGAAAAUUGAAUAGAUUUUCUUCAAGUAAAAAUUAGAUACUAGAAUUUUAUACUGAUUUUAUACACAGCAGAAUACUGAAAUACUCGUUUGCCUUGCAAAAAUCAAAACUUUCCAUAGGAAUAACUCAAUCGUCAAUUAUUAUAGUCGAUCUUUUCAUGUUGGCUAAUAUAAUGUUUCUGUGUAUGGCAAAUUCAGAAAAGUAAGUAUGUAUGAAUGAGAUUUGGGAGACAUUUAGUAAGUUCACGUAUAAUUGUUGAAUAUAUCGUUAAAUGUUACAAGAAGGAAAAACACAAACACAAUCUGAUUGUUCUAUAAUAUAUUGAUGUUACCACAGAUAUUUAAUGAUCUAAAUAUGCUACCUAAUCUGAUUAAAAUAAACAAUGGGAUGGGAGCUAACUAUAAUCAUCAAACAAAUCAAAGUAUUAAAAUCAUAAACAUUAUCCAUAGCCCAGGAAUGACACGUCAAAAAUACCAGUUAUCAAAAAAGUAAAGUAGGCUUUUUGCCUUCAGAUAAUUUUAGUGAAUAUAAUUAAUUUGAGUUUGAAAACACGACUGUCAGGUUUUGGUUGAAAUUUUCAUUGCCAAAUUGCAGCGGAAAAAUGACACAUAAUAUACAUACAAAAUCGUAGUUCUAGUUAUUCUGGAUUAUCCUCGCAGCAGCAGGUGUACUGUAUUCUUUGACGUCCAUCUAAGUCAAUGAAACAUGGUGAUGCUGACUUUGGUUAAAUAUUAAGACAAAAAGCCAGAAAUUGACAAACUUGCAUGUCUUGAAACUCAAUCGUAUAUUAGAUAUCUGUUUGGAGUCUGUGAGAACUUGGGAACUAAACAAUUCAGUUUUUAACAAUUAUCUCACAAAUUUAACAAAGCGUAGUUCACCUCUCCAGAUCUCGAUGGUCUUAGGGAAUGCAGCUAAUGUUUGGUCAACGAGAGAAAACAGCCGCCAAAAUCAGAAAACUGUAAUGUAUGUAUGUAAUGUCAGUUUAAUCGGUUAGAAAUACUAUGUUACAACUUAACAGCUUUUAUAACAUUAUAGAGCAGUAUUUUGAUCCUGGGUUGUGGAAGUAAAGCAUAUUUUCAACUUUUCCAGUUUUUGGUAACAUAUAUCCCAUCUCUUUAGCCUGUAAUAUAACGUACAAAGUUCUUAAAUGACAUGUUAUGAACAAUUUAGAUAUAUCACAUAUAUAUGUGUGGUGUGUGCCUUUGUAUUUAUAUUUGUACAAAACAACGAUUUAAUUUUUCAAGUCUAACACUUUCCUCCUGCAGUUACCUACCUUUGCAUAUAGAAUUCUCAUAUACAUAUAUAUUUAUGGAUUCAUAUGAACACAUCAUGACGACAAAAUUUAGGGGCUAAUUAUUCUGCUGAACUAAUCUCUGAAAUCUGUUAUAAAUGGAAGUACUUCAGUACAAAUAUUAUUCGCAACUAAAAAUGUUUUGGAGAUUAAACAAUACGUUUGCAUUGUUAGCCACACUGCCAAUUCCAUACUAACCUGCUAUAACUAAACAUUUUUACUAUGCAAUUUCUUUUUUCCAUCACAUAUGAAAAGUUGGCUGAAUAAGAUAACGCCUAAAUUUUGUCUCGCCUCUAUAAUUUAUUUUCUCUUUUUCUGCUCCAAGAUCUGUUAAUCAUAGUAACUUAUAUUGAAUAUUACUUAAUUAUUUUUCAGGGUUCAUAAUCUUAAUAUACCUCACAUUUACAUUCCUCCUGCUUUUUUCAGUUACCGUUCAUAUAUACAUCUGUUUCCGAUAUUAACAUUCUAUUAUUGAAAUUCAUGUACAAGAUAGUAACAAUUAUAACAUUCCAUUUACAAUUUUCAAAACCGAGAAAAUUAAAAGCAAUAGUUAUUUCAAUAAAUAAUGGUAAUUUUAAGGCUAUUGUUUUUGUGUUGUUUAAUUUUGAUACAUAAGUGUAUUAUGUAGAUUUAGUUAAGGUUAGUUUUUAUUGUAAUUUUAUUGUUUGUUGUUACCGUUUUAAAGUCAUUUCAGUACCUUCGGCGAUAUGUUAACAAAGUUUUUAUUCCAUUUGUGGUAAAAAUACGAACCGACCUUGGAGGCCACUCAACAAACAGUUUGCGAUAAUGUAUAGUGGAUCUAAUCCUAAUUGAAACAGCGCAAAAGACUGGAGCCAUCAAAAAGGUGUAAAAUUCUAUAUAGAAAGUGCCAUCGAAAUACUCGCUGCCAGUGUUUCAUGUGAUUACUCUCUCAUCCUCGCGAUGCAGUUGGUCAGCUGUCGUAUUCUUUAUGUAAAAAUAUGAUGAACAUUUCUUAUGCUUCUUUUGAUGGCUCGAUUUUUCCCGCUGUUUCAGUUAGGAUUAAAUCUACUAUAGCUUGUUAUUCCCUCUCAGAACAAAGACUUUGAAUCACAAACUCACACUUAGAGAACAGGUUAUAUGGUAUAAUUGCAGAAUAAAAUGACCAUUAUUUACAUUCCAAAUGUUAUUAAGUUCAACAUGGCAGCUAAUCAAUUAAAUAUUAUCCUCCUCAUGACUUGCGUUUUAUAAUAGUAUAUUUCAUUGUACUUAAUGUGAACUAUUUUCAUAUAGAAUGGGGUAAUGUAACAAAAUACAAGAUCGUACUGAAUUCUUCACAAUGUAUCCACAAAUGCAAUAACUACUUUUGUUAUCGUUUUAUUUUGUGACCCUACAUGUGGAUGUCCUAUUUUUCGUACAAAUUGGGACAAUAAUGCUACCGCCUGUAUUUAACACGAAGUGUUUCUUUACCCUACGCAAUCUUGACUUAACCCUGGGCUCCUGCUUAUGACCUUAACUUGAGUCUUGUGAAGGCGAACUGUUUCACGAUCAUAUAUGCCAUGUCUUAGGUCAAAGUUACAUAAUCACCCUAUCCAGGUCAGAUGCAUAUAUUAGAAGUGAAUGAGCAGAUGUUGCUGAAUUUAAACGUUCUAACAAUUUUUUCUUUAUAAACUUGUAUGGAAAAUAAGAUCAUGACAUGACUUUUUAUAAUUUAACUCUACGUCAUAAAUCACACAAGUUACACCCUUGCUAUUCAUAAAAGGCUACUAAAAUGACUCUUGAAUUGAUUUUAACUUUUAACGUUUCUCUUACCAAAAAUAUAGCGUUUGUUAAAACCUGCUUUAAAUACUUAACAAAAAACUUUAGUUUUUUGAUGAAUCUACCUCAUUAUUAGAGUAUAUUAUAUAUUUUUUUAAUUAUUAAGUAUUGUCCUAAUAUUAAUGUAGUUAUUAAUUUAAUUUAUUAUUUUCUCAGGGCGAAAGUAGAUGAUUAUAUCACGUGUAUAUUUAUUGAUCUAAUUGUAACUGCAAAAAUCACUUCGUUUUGUCACCAACUCUGUUUUUCACCAAUAAGUCUGAUUUGAGAGGCAGCUAGAUGAUUUUUCCUAGCCAACAAACUUAGCACUGUAUUCGAAAACGUGAUAACACGUUUUUGGACCACACCAUUUGUAUCCGUGUUUUCUCAAUUGGCAAUGGCAAUAUUUUUAGGACAGAAAGUAGGGCAAAAAAUAACAGAGAAAUAUCAUAUACUCGUAUACAUGAGACCUAAAACGCCCUAGAUUAUCCAGAUACAGGGUGUUGUAGUAAUAAUUUCAAAACCAUGAAAAAAUAUAUAUAUGAAUAAAAAAAGAUAUCGAAAUGUUGCGGCAGUGCAGUGACAUAGAAACAGCGAUAUUUUGAUUCCUAGCAGAGAGAAACAGUGACUUUUCUGAAACAUUUUUACAUAAGGAUUCAAUUUUACAUAAAUUGUUUCUUGAGAAUUGUUUGUCGUGCCAUCCCUUUUGGAGAAAAAUUGGUUUGAAUAAUCCUGAUAUAAUCUGCACAAAAAACUUAAAUCCACUUUGAAAAUAUACGUAAGUUAGUGAAGUUUGAUAUUUAAAAUAUUAUAAGGAGAGUAGUCCUACCUCAAUUUAAUUGAAGAACGUUCAUGUUUUGCCUACUAAUAGCGUUUUGAACACCUUGCAGUUUGGUAAUUGGGCAUCUUCGGAAUUUUCCUUAUUGGAACAUUUUGUACUUUCUGCCCUAGAAAUAUUAUUUUUUUAAUAACGCCAUUUUUCUCAAUGCAUUUUACUUGAAAAAGACAAACACAUCUUACAAAUUUCAACUCACUUCAGUACUUUGAAUCUCCCUUUCUCUGCACAACUUUAGCAAAGAUAUAUGUUAAAAGUUAUAGUUUGAUCACAUUUCAACUAUUCACCAUAUACCUACUCAUCUUAUUACAAUAGUUUCUUAUUUGAUUUUAAAUUUUCAUCGUCCAUACUAUUUGCCAAAACCAUACAUCAUAGGAUGUUCAUUCUUGAUGAACUGUAACCUCUUAACAGUCUGAUAUUGUUUUUUAACUAAUUUUGGUAGAGCAGCUGUUGUUAUACUGUAAUAUACAUUAUAUACUAAAGUGAGACACACAUUAAAAUUUUUUAGUCUGUAUAAUAUACAAACUGUUAUAUAAAUAGUAACUAUUCCACGUAAUAUUGAAGGUUAGACUUUUACUGUGGUGCAAUACAGUAUAGUAUUUUUUUUGUAACCAGUUAUAGGUUGGUUACUCUCACAGUUUUGUCCUUGUUUACACACAGCUUUAACUCUGCAAGGUUUUCACUCCAACUCUUUGGAAACUACACAAGUUCCUUUAUUAAUGGACUAUACAUGCAAUAGUUAGAAUAGUUGAAAUUAACCCAAUGACUGAUAUUUAUAUUUACAUUUCAUUUCUAGGACGUUGAAGUGAAAAUGUUUGUAGGAUAAAUUCUUAUUCUUCACAGUGAUAUUGUAAAAUAGAUUCUGUAGAAAAAUGCAUUGUUCACAGUAAAAGUACAUCGAAUGUUAAACAACUAUCUUAAAGUUAAAAGUAAUGUAUAUUAUAUUUGAAUAAUGUGGUAUAACCAUGUUAAUAUAUUUUUGUACGCUUGAAUGAUGGUG